AUGGUACCCUAUGACGUUGACCAGCAAGACGCCGUCGCUGGCGGCUCGGCUGACAUGGCCGGCCGGCCCCACCACGGCCCGCUCUCCGCAGAGACGCUGGCGCCGCCGCUGCGCCGCCCCUGGGACCCGGCCACCCACAUCAUCUCCCAGCAUAACCUGCGGCGCCUUCCCAACAACCCGCUGCUGGUUCUGGUACCGUCGUCGCCGUGCCAUGGCUCGGACGCCAGCCGUCCCGGCUUCGGCACCGGCCGGCUCGACUUCUGGCAAGGUGGUCGCCAUCAGCGUGUUCGAGGGCGGCGCGCCGAGCCGCGGCAUCACCGUCAGCGAGAGCCUGUCGCACAUCAUGGCCAUGAGCCGGAGUCAGGUAGCCGAGCUGCGGCGGCCCGGCCGGCCGCUGGUCCUGCUCGGCCGGCCUGGUGGCCGCCCACUUGGCGCUGGUCGAGCCCGUCACCGGACGACCCACUGCUCGAGUCGCGCACGCCCACCCUGCUGCUGGUGGGCCAGUCGGCCAGCGGCGCGGCGCCGCACGAGCUGGAGCUGAUGCGCGACCGGAUGCGUGCCAAGACCGGCCUGGUGGUGGUGGGCGGCGCCGACCGCCGCCUGCUCGUCAACCGGCACGAGCGGCAGCGCGAGGGCCUGACGCAGAGCAUGGUGGACCGCGCAGUCAUGGAGGAGGUUUCUGAGUUCCUGACCAACAUCCUGACGCAGCAGCUGGACGGCACGCUGCCCGUGUUCCCGCGGCUGCCGACUCCGCCACUCUGCCGCGAAGACGCGGUGCUGAGGAACCUGGCGCGCGAGCGGCGGCGGCGGCCGGUCGGCCCGGCCAAACACCGUGCCAGGCCGACCAGGAGCGGGCGUCCGAGGAGCCGGCCGCGCCCGCCCAUCAUCGACCUGAUCCAGGAGGCGGGCAGCGGUACGCCCGAGCCCGAGCCGUUCCCGUUGCCGGCUGGCGUCCGCCCGGCGCCCGGCUGCCGGCUCCGAGUCACUCAGAGUCUGGACGGCGGCCGCUUCAGGCGCAGCCGAGGUACACCGCCGUUCGCCGCCGUGCGCUGA